AUGGCGUGGCUUCGUUCGAAGAAAAUAAGAGUGAGUGAAUUUCUCUCGGACCGGGAGGCGGGAAAUCGGCAGCAGCUUCUCUCGUUACGUAUGAUCCUGUUCAUUUUCGGAAUCUUUUAUGGGUGGCCUCCCGAGAAUAUGGACAAGGACGCUGCCUGGUGGUAUCGUCUGAAGGGGAUUAUGUUUCGUGUUUUCUUCAUUUAUCUCUGCACGGCGUCGCAAGUGGCUUACAACUUUACUGUAACAACGCGCGAGGAGCUGUUUGCGAGCAUGUUCAUUCUGUUGACCCAACUGGUGAUGAUUUUCAAGAUGGAAUUUUUCUACAAAAACAUGAAUAAAAUUCAAUCCUUCGUCCGAAGACUGGAUGGUGAACUGUACGAGGCCCGUAAUGCAGAGGAGCGAGUACCUUUACAAAGCGCCCGCAAAAAGACGACUGUCUUCUGGAUUUUGUAUAUUAUUUUUUCCGACGGCUUAACUGCUAUGUGGACGAUCUCAUCAUUUUUCGUAGGCGUAACGUUAGUUCCUUCUUGGCCUCCAGUUGAUCAACAUUCGCCUUACUGGCAAUACAUGCUGGUGCUCACUUACCAGUUCGUAUCGAUAAUUUUAAAUGCUGCAUUUAACAUUUCAUGGGAUUCACUCGUAGCUGCAUUGCUAGCGUCUGUAAACGCACAUUUGCAACGCUUGCAAAUCCAGCUCAUGAAGGUUGGACACGAAAGUGACAUUAAACAGCCGCACGAUAAGCCAAACAUCAUCGAUGUGAGCCCAGCUGCUGAUCAGAAGGACAAAGUGCAGAUAAAUUCAAGCAAAGACGACGUUUACGACGAGCUGUUACGUUGUAUCAUCUUUCAUCAGGAGCUUACCAGCUUCCUUCGAGAGAUGAUGGAUCUUUUUGGUGGACCUAUGCUGGCACAGUUGUACUGUUCUAUUUUCAUUAUUUGCAUCACGGAGUUUCGAUUGCUCAUCGAUAUCAACUCGUUGGAUGACACAAUUCGCGCAGGAAGCUAUCUGAUUUGCUUGAUAAUACAGGUGGUGCAAUACUGUUACUUCGGCAAUGAGGUAAACUACACGUCAGAAAAAGUGCAUGAAGCGACAGCAUUUAUGAACUACCCGGAUAUGAACAUCAAAACCCGGAAGCUUUUGAUUGCGUUUCAACUGAAUACAUCAAAAGGGAUUAAUUGUUGCGCCAAAAGGAUCUUCAAAAUGGAAUUGAGCAUGGCAACUUUUGUCACGUCAAUGACGGAUUAA